AUGGGGUCGACUGAUACAACGCCUGACGCAGAACAUGGAACUGUCGACAGCACCGACCAUGAAUCCUUCUGUGAAAAGUACACUUCCUGUCGGUGGGUCAUUGGUUACCUGUGCUGUUCCGUCCGUCUCGCCCAAACUACGCUACGGCAGUGCAUGGGCAUGGCGGUUGUUGUUAUGACGAUGCCAAUCGCCGGACCCGAUGUGACGUCACGUUCCCCCGUCGUAGAGAACAAUACGUUGUCUGACCAUGUUUUGAGUACCUCAGAAUUCACAUGGACCUCAGAAUUCGAGGGUUUGAUUCUCUCGUCCUACACAUUUGGUUUCUUAGCAACGCCGAUCAUCGGUGGCUAUGUUGCUGGGAAAUAUGGUGGGAAGAUUGUCAUCACGGUCUCCCUCAUCGUUGGUUCCAUUCUGACAAUAGCAACUCCAGUAGCAGCACGAGCAUAUCCUCUAUCUUUGGUGGUUCUCAGGGCUGUCGUCGGACUGGUUAUGGGUUCCGUUGAUCCGGCCAUCCAGUCACUGUGGUCAAAGUGGGCUCCGAAACACGAGAAGGCGUCCCUCACGUCCUGUGCCUACUCCGGUGUUAGCAUCGCCGGAAUUCUUACAUUUUUCAUCUCGGGAUAUCUGGGUGCCGUCUCCCUGGACAACGGAUGGCCUCUCAUCUUCUACGUGUUUGGUGGUUUCACAUUCCUGUGUGUGUUUCCCUGGGUGGUGUUUGUGUCCGACUCUCCACGGAUCCAUCCCCGGAUCUCGGAGUCAGAGCUGAAACUGUUCACCAGGGAUCGGACUGCUGGGAAACUGGACAUAAAGAUGUCACGGCCGCCUUGGAGAAAGAUAUGGACGUCCCCGGCGUUUUGGGCCAUCCUGGUCGCCCACAUCUGCUACUCCUGGGUGACGUCAUGGGUCAUGGCGUACCUGCCUAAAUACAUGAAGCAGAUACUGAAGUAUGAUAUUGAAGAGGAUGGUAUACUGUCAUCAGUUCCGUUUGCUGGGAGGUUGCUGGUAGGUAUAGCUUCUGGCUACAUAUCUGACUGGGUGCUCAUCAGGGGACUCCUGUCUACAGCCAAUGCAAGGAAGACGUUCCAGCUCCUGGGAAGUAUUGGAUGCGCAGCGUGUACCAUUCCUAUUGGGUUUCUGGAUUACGAAAAUCGAACCCUGGCAGUGAUUCUGUUAAUACUCGGCUUGUCCCUACAGAACUGUACAUCUGUCGCCUUCAGGAUCAAUCACCUCGAUAUAGCGCCAAGGGGCGAUCGAUAUACCUCUUGGUUUAUUCUUCAGGGAACUAGAGAAGAAUGGCAAAUAGUUUUCUGGAUCGUUGGUGGUUUGAACAUUGUCGGCGCAUGCGUAUUUGUGGUGUUUGGAAAAGGAACUGAACUUGAUUGGGCAAAGGAAGACAACCCCCACGUUGUUUCUACGGAAAUGCAGGCUAGAUACGACGCAGACAAUAACCCAGAUGAGACGAGAAAAGGUCACAGGACCACAUUUUCUGAUGACGCUGUGUCCGGAACUAGUGACGUGGUGCACCAAACCGAUGACAAUGUACUUCAAACUGAUGAGAAAGGGAUCCGAACUGGAGAUGCUCCCGAAACUGAUAGCGGUGUACCCCGAACUGAUGACGAUGUACACCGAACUGAUGACGACGUGCCCCGAACUAAUGACGUUGUACACCAGUCUGAUGACGAUGUAACAACUGAUGCCCCCCUAAAAGAUGACGAUGCGCAGCGAAGUGCGGACAGUGUCCCCACGAACCGAACGGAGGAGCACGUAUCCUGA